AUGGCAGGCGAUGAGCAGGUUGUGGAUCCAUACAUGCUGACGCAAAUACAAACAGAGGUGCGGAUCCAUCAAACACUCAAAAUGUUUGAUGAUGAUGCUUCUGCUGUAUUGGCUGGCACUGCUGGUGUUGAGCAACCUGCAUAUGGAUCAUUUACUCAGAUGCUGCAGCAACCUUUCAACCCACAAUAUAAGCAAAUGAUUAAUGACCCUAUGGGCUUUGAGAACAAUAUGUUUAUGAUAACCGGAAGAGAUGGGCGUGAUGAUUAUUCUGAAGAACCAGAUGAUGGUGACGAUGAUGAGCUAGAACAGAGAGUAUAUGAUGAUGCUGCUUUCGAUAGUGAAGACUACAAUGACAACACAGAGCCUGUGUCCAUUGCUUGUGAGAAUUUGUCAGUCAUGGCAAAUAAGGCAGACAAAUCCAUUGACUCAGAAAAUUUGUCUGUUAUCACAGAUGGAGUGCAGCAACAAGCUACUGGACAGACACACAGAUAUGAAAAACAGCAGGCAGUGGGUGAUCCUCCUGCAGUUGAGCAUCUUAGUAGGGAAGAUAUUGAGAAUUACCUGAAGAAUGAAACUGUCCUUGCAUCUCAAUCAUACAGCCAGGAAGUCCGAGGCCAACAUGUACCGCACAUCAAUAUGUCGUUCUGCAGUGAUGCUGAGGCUUUUGUAUUCUACAACACGUACGCAAGCAUUGUUGGAUUUUCUGCAAAGAAAGCAGAUGGAAAUUGUAGGAAAUUUUACGACUUGUAUGGUGAUUGUAUCAGUUUUGAUACCACAUACAAAACUAACAAGUAUAAUCUUUCAUUUGCGCCUUUUGUUGGGAUCACUGGACAUGCAAACAACUGCCUAUUUGCCUGUGCAAUCCUUCAGAAUGAGACUGUGGAGACCUUUACAUGGCUUUUUGAAGAGUUCUUGCAAUGCAUGGGUGGGAAGAUGCCAUUAACGAUCAUCACUGAUCAAGAUGUUGCAAGGAAGCAGGCGAUUCCUAAUGUGUUCACACAAACAAAGCAUAGAAACUGCCUAUUCCACAUAAAGAAGAAAGCAGAAGAAAAAUGUGCCAGGUGUUUUGCAACAAGACGAACACUGCACAUUGAGUUUAACGACAUCAUUAACAAGUCUCAAACAGAGGAGGAGUUUGAGGCGCUCUGGCCAGCAAUGAUGAGAAAAUACAAAGUUGAGAACAUCAAAUACUUUCAGCACAUGUGGGAGAUCAGAAAAAACUUUGUUCCUGUCUAUUUCAAGAAGGAUUUUUUCCCCUUUAUACACUCAACAGCCAGGAGUGACGGCACAAAUGCUAUUUUCAAAGAUAAUGUGGGCUCAACAUAUAGCAUUAUCAGCUUCCUUGGUGAAUAUCAGAGAAUUUCUAAGAGCAUAGUUGAGAAAGAAAGAGAGCAGGAUUCAAAAACAAGAACUACAAAACCAAAUUUGUGGGCAGGCCCUGAACUUGAGUUACAAGCUGCAAAACUGUACAACAGGAACAUUUUUUACAAGUUCCAGAAACAGCUGAAGAUGACACAACAAGUCCAUGUUGAAGAGAUUGAAAAAAAUGUCAGUUAUCAAGUUUAUAAAUCUAGUAUGCUUGCAGAGUUGGAUUUCAGAGAAAGGAAGUUCAUGGUCAUGGUUGACUGGGCGAAUGAGGACAUAUCUUGCAUUUGUGUUAGAUUUCAAAAAGAUGGCAUGUUGUGCUGUCAUGCUUUGAGAGUUCUAUUACAUCUCAAUAUUUUAGUUUUGCCUGAGAAAUAUUAUAUUCAAAGGUGGAGGCAGGCAGAAAAUGUAGAAGCACGUGACAAGCAGUACAAUGUGCCACUUGAACUAAUGACAGAAAACAGUCAUUUCAGGUACAGCAUUUUAUCGAAGAAGAUGACAGAUCUUGCUGCAAAUGCAUGCCAGUUGACAUAA